AUGUCAUUAUUUUUUGUCCCUUUAACUUCUCCUCUUCUUGAUCCUAUUCCGAUUAACAUUUCCGAAACAAUCACAAUUAAUGACCAAGAAAAGCCUAAAGAUAAUCUCACCAUUGGAGAUCUCAAGAUUAUUAUAUGGGGUAUUAUAGGGGACAAUAGCAAUAGCAAAGACUUUUUUAAAUUGAAGUUAUGGAAGGUGGAUCUUGAGGAAGGAAAAGGAAAAUGGAAAGAACUUGAAACACUUGCAAAGUCUUCUUAUACCGAAGCUGAAAUAGAAAAUUUCGGAGGUAUAAAGUUAUUAACAACCAGUAAAGUUGUAGAAGUUUUUGAGUCAAAAGAAGGUCGUGACAGUCUUUUAGCUAUUCAUGAAAGACUGAAUAAGAUAAUUGACUUCGUAGAAGGAAAUCGCGUUAGUCUUUUGCGCAGUCCUCCAUCAUCGGGUAAAAGCACUCUCGGUCAGACACUCCGAGAUCAUUUCCAAGCCAAUUGUUUUUCCAUAUAUAUUAGUCUUGCCGGAUUAAGUAAUAAAGCAUGUAAAGAUGAAGAACUUUUUGACAAAUUCUGGGAAAAAGAAGUGGGCUAUACCUGGACAAACAUUAUUGAAAAAGAACCCGCUUACAUAUUCAUUGACGAAAUACAAAUAAUCUAUGGUGAAUGUGCUCAACACUUUUGGGGUAGCAUAAAGACGAUGAUGUCAAGCGAAUGCACUAAAAAUAUUCAUAUUCUUCUUAUCGGUACAUUUGACCCAACUCUUGGGGUAGCGUUAACACCCGUGAAAUUUGGUGAUAGUCAUUCACUUAGUUUGAAAGACCUACUUUUAACAAGGAAUGAGCUUAAGAAUCUUGUAAUGAAUUAUUCUCAGAUUCGUGCUAUCAGUGGUAGCCCAAAGUUUAAAAUUCCUGAGGUAAUUGAGAAUGCAAUCUUUAGGCUUACUAAUGGACAUGCUGGUCUGUGUCGAAUAAUUUUGGAUUCAUUACACAACCAUUUCAAAAAUGGACCCUUAGCUUUGGAAAUGUUACGUCAUCUUGCGUCAACAAAUCUAAAAAAUUAUUUAUAUUCAGAGUCACGUGCUUUAUGUUGGAUCGCUAACUGGGAUAUGAGUGCUAAUGAUAGUGAAUUAAUUCGAGAUAUGAUAUAUACCACUCGAAAUGGAAUCACCUCUAAUUUUGAAUUUGAAAAUCCUAUCAUCAAGAAUUUUCUUAAGAUAGGUCUUCUCGUAAAGGAUGUGAAUUCUACACAACCAAAAUUCACUGCUCCCAUUUUGCUAAUAAUUCUAAGUCACCAUAUGAUCGAUUCUAAUUUAAAAAGUUUACAAAGAGACCCUACAAGUCAAGACUUUAAUGAGUUCUUAAUUCGAAGUAUUGAGCGUAUGAGUCAACAUAUACUGUUGGAAUCAUAUGGAAGGGGUGUUAAUUCACGCUUAUAUGAAGCAGGAUGGCAGAAUGAAUGGUACAGAUCAGCAGUCUCUGUAGUCCCAAUUGGAACAUCAAUAAGUGCCAAUGUAGGUUAUGUGUUUGGUUCAGAUGGUUAUCUGGACUAUUAUGUUAACGGAGAAAUUUGCUGGGGAAUUGAGCUCACACGCGAGGGUAACCGUUUGGCUGAGCAUGCAAACCGAUUUUACGAAAAUGGAAAGUAUAAAAAUAUUCCAUUGAAAGAAUGGAUUAUUCUCGACUUCCGACAUAAUUCUAAAACAAUAAAUGAAUUAAAACAAAACUUCUGGUACAUUCUCUACUCAGAUGAUUAUUCAUCUGUAACCAUCAAACGUUAUGGGUAUGAAGAUAAAAUUUGUUAUCUGCAAAAAUGA